GAGUGGAGCGCGCUUGGCUGUUUUGUGCAAAAAGACGAGAUUUUUCCGUGGCCAAGGGUUACUUUUUUCCAUGAAUGGUCAAGUUUUGUUAACCGGCUUAGAACGCAUUGCAGAGCCGUGGAUUUGAAUACUCGAAGUUCAGGACCUAGAGCUCCUAGCCCUGACUUAGAGGGUCUGCAGGUUGCUAUGUUAAUGCUGCUUGUCUUUGGAAUCUUGCUUCAUGAAGUCCCACUGAGUGGCCAGGACGAGGCUCAUUCUGAGGCUAACAAUGAGCCUGCCAAAGCCCUGUAUGACUACUCCAGCCUCCGCCUCCCAGAGGAGCACAUUCCCUUCUUCUUGUACAACAACAGACAUGUUGCCUCUGUGUGCAGAGAAGAUGCCCACUGUCCAUAUAAGAAAUACUUAGAAAAUCUAAACUACUGCUGGGGUUAUGAGAAAUCCUGCACACCAGAGUUUAGAUUUGGUUCCCCCGUUUGCAGCUAUGUCGACUUGGGAUGGACAGACACUCUGGAGUCAGCCCAGGACAUGUUCUGGAAACAAGCUGACUUUGGAUAUGCCCGAGAGCGGCUGGAGGAGAUACGAACAUUCUGCCAGCCGGAGAGAUCAAGCGACUCAAGUCUGGUUUGCUCUCGUUACCUUCAGUAUUGUAGAGCCACUGGUCUAUACCUGGACUUAAGAAACAUCAAGAGAAACCAUGACAGAUUCAAGGAAGAUUUCCUUCAGGGUGGUGAAAUUGGAGGAUACUGUAAACUUGACAGUCACGCACUGGUGUCUGAAGGUCACCGCAAAAGCCCUUUGCAGUCUUGGUUUGCUGAGCUACAAGGCUACACUCAGCUCAAUUUCAGGCCUAUAGAAGAUGCUAAAUGUGACAUUGUAGUUGAAAAACCAACAUAUUUUAUGAAACUAGAUGCAGGUAUUAACAUGUACCACCACUUCUGUGAUUUCCUGAAUCUCUACCUCACUCAGCAUGUUAACAAUUCUUUCAGUACAGAUGUGUAUAUCGUGAUGUGGGACACGAGCUCUUACAGAUACGGUGACCUCUUCUCCGAUACCUGGAAAGCAUUUACUGACUAUGACAUCAUACAUUUGAAAACCUAUGAUUCCAAAAAGGUGUGUUUUAAGGAAGCUGUGUUUUCCUUGCUGCCCCGCAUGCGGUAUGGGCUGUUCUAUAACACGCCUCUGAUCUCUGGCUGUCAGAAUACUGGAUUAUUCAGGGCCUUCUCCCAGCAUGUGCUGCAUAGACUGAACAUCACUCAAGAGGGACCCAAGGAUGGGAAAGUUCGAGUUACCAUUCUUGCACGCAGCACAGAAUACCGGAAAAUCCUGAACCAAAAUGAGCUGGUAAAUGCACUGAAAACAGUAUCCACAUUUGAAGUCCGGGUGGUUGAUUAUAAGUACAGAGAACUCGGGUUUUUAGAUCAGCUCAGGAUCACGCACAACACGGACAUAUUUGUUGGCAUGCACGGAGCUGGCCUUACCCACUUACUUUUCCUUCCGGACUGGGCUGCGGUAUUCGAGCUAUACAACUGUGAGGAUGAGCGCUGUUACCUAGACCUGGCCAGGCUCAGAGGCAUCCACUACAUCACCUGGCAGAAGUCUAGCAAGGUGUUUCCUCAAGAUAAGGGGCACCAUCCAACUCUGGGGGAACACCCGAAGUUUACUAACUACUCUUUUGAUGUAGAAGAAUUCAUGUACCUUGUCCUUCAGGCUGCGGAACACGUACUACAACACCCACAGUGGCCACUUAAGAAGAAACACGAUGAACUAUAGAAAUGUUGAGGUUGUUUACAAGAGUGUUGGAAUGCUCUGACAUCCAGACUCAGAAUCAGAGGAGCAAAGCAACCUGUCAUAUCCUACUGUAAGAUGAAACAUGAUUUUUUACUUCUGAGUAUAGCUCAGGCUGGCCUUGAACUAAUGCUUCUCUUGCCUCAGCUGACUGAGUGCUCAGCUUACAGGUGUGCCCCAUCAGGCCUGUCUACAGAAUUACUUUUUGUAUAUGAAAACACAACUUCAGGACACUUUAAGUCUUCCACGUGUUUAUUGUGUCAUUGCUAUUUAUCAAAAGUAUUCUUGCACUGAAAAAUGUUACUUUUAUAGUUCAGAGUCGGGCAGAUGCCCAUCGGUGCAGCAGAGCUUUCCUGUUGGGAUACCAAAGUUGUCAAUGUGGCUUCAGAAUUGAUAAGUGUGUGUGUUAACUCUAAUGUGAUUGUAAUUCCAGAGUGUCACAGCUUGUUGUUUGUCUACUUAGAUAAACUCAGAACUGUUGUUAUUUGCCAUUGUGUGUUCAUAAAUAUGGUUGUAGGGUCUGGGGACAUGGCUUAGUGUAGAAUUCUGGCCUUGCAUAUAUGGGUCUCUGGGUUUAAUCCCUAAGCAAAACACACACACAUACACACACACACACACACACACACACACUACACACUAGUCUAAGUCUUGAUUCUCAGGACCAAUCUAUAUAAGAGUGUGUUAUAGUCCAGUGUUUAGUCAACUCCAGGUUACAUGCAUCAAGAGCCUGAAAGAAUCAUGCUGUUGUAUUUAUUAAUUUGUGUUUCUAUAUCUCAUUUCAAUCAUGUUCUGCCCAAAUGUAAUGGCAGUGUUGAUAAGAACCCAUCAGAACAUUCUGCAGUACCGUCCCCACUGCCCCUUCAGCCAUGGAGAACAUUCCUGCUGACUUGGCAUGAAGUCUUAGUUUCCAUCAGGUCACUGUUUGUAAACACACACAGCUGUGUGUAUUCACCUCUGGCAGGAUGGAAGUAACCCUAGUCUUUGUAAAAACUGCCAAGUAGCCACAGGAAGACACUUUCCCUGUUAGUAUUAUUAAUAUAUUAAGUAAAACCAUUAAAAACACAAAAACACAGUAGACCUGUGAAUUAGCCAAUCAAAACAAAAGCCCCAAGAAAGUGGUACUGAGUAAACAGGAUGCCUAACAGAAGGCUUUCCCUGGUCUGACUUUAUUUCUUACUGUAGAGCAUACAGCUCAGCGGUCAGAAACCAUGGGUUUGUUCUAUUGUACAGUGUGACGCUUGUGUCUUAUUAACAUUUGAGGUGUCUCAUUUAGAAGUUACUUUUAAUUUUUACAGUGCACUUAGCAAAUUGCAGCCAAGGACUUCAUUUUUAAAUUUUAGAGAAGUGACCUACAAAAUAAAAUAUUGGUAACUAACGCCUCCUCAGAGGUUUGCUGCCUUUCCCUUUCAGGACUUGUUAAAAGACUUGUAGACUUUAUUUAUUAAAAUACCUUUCAAGGAAAUAGUGACCCUCUAUAGGCAAGACUUCUCUUUGGGUCAAAAAUUGUUUGGAAAAAAAUUGUAACAUUAGGAAUUGUUAAAUGGUAGGUUUGCUUCUGUUUCAGGUGCAGAAUACGAGGUAGUCAGGGGGAUUGGGGGAUGUUCCACAGGAAGGGGAGAGGAAGGAUUGUGUUGCCCAGGUCAUUGAGGAUCAACAUUCGAAGACUGCUUCUGGAAAACCGUCUGAAUUUUCAACCUUUUACCUCAUUUCAAGCAGCACAGGGACCUAUACUUUUCACAGACUACCGAGGAUUCCAGAAACUGAGAACAGUUUCAUACUGAAACUGUAUUUGAAUAUUUUGCAUUAGAAUAUACUUUAUAUCAAGACAGCCAUUUAAAAUUUUAAUUAAUGGGAUUAACUUUUUAAUCAGACUUUCUGUGAUCAGCAGAGGAUCUUGUUGUAAAAUUUAAAGAUAUGUAGAUAUGGCCCUUUUUUAUUAAGUCUGUAAGGAGGUGCAUUUCAUUGUACAUUUUGGGCAUAGCUUUGGAAUAAAGUUUUCUAUAUUUCAUUUAAAUAUA